AUGAAUCUCGAAAUUAGUACGAACGAAGAAAACGACGAUGGGAAAUUCGAUAAAACCGACAAUAACAGGCUACCAUUCUCAAUUGACAGUCUUCUAGCUAAUAAGUUUCAAGGGAAUGCGAACCGUGAAGGCUCUUACGAAAGUGUAGAGAAUGCGCAAAAUAAAGAUGGCGGACACAUUUUUAAAGUUAAUAUAGACUCUUUUGAUGUUGAUAAUGAUGAUGACGACCGCAGCGACGGUAGCGAAGAGCACGUGGACGUCGAAAGCUCGACGGCUGACGAAGCCCACGAAUAUGUGGAUGCUAGAAGCGAUUUCCAACAAACAGGCUCUUGUUCGUCACGCGGCAAACGCGCACGUACUGCUUUCAGCGCGCAACAGAUUAAAAGCUUAGAGGCGGAGUUUGAGAAAAACAGAUAUUUAUCUGUGGCGGCCAGAGGUCGACUCGCCAGGCAAUUGAGGCUGACGGAAACACAGAUCAAAAUAUGGUUCCAGAAUCGGCGAACAAAAUGGAAACGAAAGUACACGAAUGAUAUCGAACUUCUUGCUCAGCAAUACUACACCAGUUUGGGAAUCGUCUCGCCAAGACCUAUGUUCGUUGGGGAUCGACUUUGGGUUUUCAAUUACCCGAACAGAAUACCGCCUACACAACAGCAAUGGAUGAAACCGGUAAAUAACACAACAAGCCCUUUAGACCGUUCGCUGUUUCGAAGUUUAUCCAAACCUGAAAUCCCGCAAUUUUGCGUCCCAGCGAGUGUGUAUCCGAGCGAGCACGUGUUCCCGAACGUCGAUCGGAGUUUUUUGACAGGAAAUGUCAAAAUUCCCGCGCAAAUCCGAUUGCCGCGCGAAAUCUACAAUAAUAUGGCGACAGCGCAAAGGAACAUGGAAGCGUUCAAAAAUAACAUCCUCAGCCAUAGCACACCACCGCCAGAGUCCAGUGUAGAUCAUCUAAGAAGACUCGAAGAGAAUUUUAGUAUUUAA